CCAAAAGGUGAAAAAUGUACAUGAAUUGCACUCCCCACGAGACUACACAACGGUAUUGGGCAUUUCCCUGAACACAAAAUUUGGGUUUCAUGUUGCUUACCUACCACAGCGUGGAUAUUAGGAAAAAUACUUUUUCCAAUAUUUUAUAGUUAUACAGGUCUCAAAAAGUUAAUUAAGUAAUCAGAAUAUGCCGCGCAAACAUAUUUUGAAAAGUUGACAUCGGUAUUACCUAUAGUGCGGAACUUCUGUCGACCCUCACAUGGAUGGACUAUGAACAGUGAACACGGAUCAUCGGUGGAAACUUGUCGUGAAAAGUGUGAAUGAUAGUGAAUUAAAUAUUCGAUAACACAUCGCACCUAUGUUCCGGCGAUCUGUCAAAAUAGUGAAGUGAUAAGUGGACGAUGCGCAUCGUGCAAUACGAUUGUUUACAAAUUUUUGACUGAAACUUACCACCGAGACGCUGCAGAAUGUAGCCCAGGAUUUAUGUGACGUGUGUUAUAUAUGAAACUGUGUUUUAGUUUCCUGAAAAGUCAUCUGUGAUAGCAAACAUGACGGACACAACCACCACACCGACCCUGGUCAAGGUAAAGACAGAGCGGCCUGAUGAAGCCGAAAUUAGGGAGCUUGCCGCCAAGAUGGUGGAGGCCAACAAAGCUAAGGCGUUGGCGGCUUCAGUGGCGGCUGCGCGGCCCCCGCCCGGCUCGCUGGUCGGCGUGGCGCCACCGGGUUCCGGCGGUCAGAUGGGCAUUCUUAACUUCCUGCAACGAAAACCUGCUGCCAACACCACAACCGAGCUGCGACCAGCGCCCGAAGGUGACAAGAAGAACCCGGCACCGGACGAGGCCAGUUGGAAAGGUCACUUCGGCUGGGACAUGCUGGGCAAAUGUCACAUACCAUACAUAUACCGGUCCACAGAGAAGUAUGUGGCAGUCAGGAUGGUGGAGAUCAAGCUUUUGAACAAAUACCUGAACUACCUCCAUGCAGACAUAUACUCAUGUACAUGUAUAAGGAGUUACUACAUCACAGAGAUAGAAGCCCGGCUGUUGAACGAGAUCAACAACAGGCACUGUGACGGACAGUUUGGUCGGGAACCAUUCACACAGAAAGAUUUGGUAGUGCGGUUGUCGGAUGCCUAUGAGUUCUAUAACUUCCUAGACGUUUGUUAUAAUAAGUUAUUACGAGGUACAACAAAUAGUAAAGACAAGUGUGGUUUUAUUAGGAUAAACAAGGAGUCUGUUGUGCCGUAUACAGUGCGGGAUAACCAAAAAUUUGUUCCUCUAUUUUAUUUUGAAGGUGAAACAGACAACUUGAAAUUAAAAGCGGACCAGUUGAAAGGCUGGGACCUGUCGUACUUGAAGUUCUGUUGUAAAGUGCAGGGUAUAAGGAAUGAACUGUUUGCUAGUGAGACGUGUUCAGUGAUCAGUUUGUCGGACAUUAAGAGCUACUUCCCACCGGGGACGGAGUUCGAGGAGUACUGGCCCAACAAAGUUGUUGACUCGCAGCUGCUCAUCUCGGCAAAAGGUUCUGUAUCAGGGGGCGGUCAAUGGACGCGGGCGCCUCCCGCGCCUCCACCAGGCGUGGUCGGAGGCGUGGGGGUCGGAUCCGGCGGCGGCGUGGGCCUCAACAACGUGUCCAGCCAGUCCACGCGCGGGAGACGCGCGACCACGCAACGGCAUUCACCGGCCUCUGCCGCCAUGCAGAUGCCGCAUGCCGGAUUGUCGGCAGCUGCCGUGCAAGCCUUGGCCAAUGGCUGGAGCUUGCCCGGAGCGUUGACUCAGGCGCAGACGCAACAAGUGCUUAGGCUAGCACAGGCACAAGUUGCGCAAGCGCACGUGGCCGCGCGGUACAACAACGCCGCGAUCGCCGCCGCCGCCGCGGGACUGCCGCAACAUCGCUCGCAACACCAGCGAACGGUCCAGUUUCCGAACAGUGCAAUUACAAUGGCGAUGGGUCAGCAACCCCCUCCACCUCUGGUGAGGAGCUCGGCAAACACGUCAACCAUGAAUGUACCCCCACAAGUGACUGGAACAAUGAAUGGCCACUCAACCUCUCACUCCGUGGACAGUCGCAAAAGGCUUACUCCAAUACCCGACAUCACUAUAACUGGCAACCAUACGCCGUAUAAGGUACAAAAAGCGUUGGUGGAGAACACGAUGGUGCCGUGCAUCAACGCCAAGCCGUACCAGUACACGGAGCUGCUGAUGACGCUGCCGGACCUGGCCAGCCACUUCUUCCCGCGCGUGUCGCUCACCACGUGCCGCGCCAUGCUCGACGCGCUCGGCAUCACGCUCUACAGACCUAACUCAACACAACUUCAAGUACUACGCAACACGGGCAAAUGUAAGUCAGCGGCUGCCGGCGAGAACGGGCUCGCUCUGGUGCAGAUCCGCGACGUGAUGCAGCACAUGCUGCAGUUCAAGUACAUGCUGCGGUCGGGGCUGGCGGGCGACGAGGCGCCGCACGGCACCCCGCGCCCGGCACACGCGCCGCCGCCGCAGCCCAAGCGAGCCCGCGCCAACUGACUGCACACCGACCACUAUACUGCGCGUAACGCCUGACCAUGCUACCCGGGGGGGACGUCACAACAAAACAUACACUGGAAUUGAGAACCUCCUUUCUCGUCGUGCGUGACGUCCUAAGGGUCAAUGCCCGACGAACCAUCUCCAAAAAGGAUAUACUUGAGGAAGGUCAAUGUAGUACUCGAAUUGGUCAAGAAAAGAGCUAAAGCUCUCGCCGUGACUAAACUAGAGCCGGGUGCUGAGAUAAGCAUCUGAAAGUCCUGUGGUAAACUACAAUAAGACUGCAAUGAAUAGAAGACAGAUAUAAUUGAUUUGUACAACAACGAAAAGUGCACAUUCAAAGUUGAUUUUUAUUGAAUGUCUUCUACAAAGGUUGAACAUGGAGCAGCCUGAAAUAAAUGUUAUAUCUAUACAUCACAAAUCUGGACAUCUUACUACCAUAGGACUGGCUCUACAAUAAGCUGAGCGUGUCUGAGCAUGAACACAAAAAUCGCGAAAAGUGAGCUGGCAAGUGAAUGCAGACUUAGUUUUAAUUAAAUGACUGUGGAUAUAUGACUUUAAAGUGCAGAACACUAAAUUGAUGGUGAUGUGAGACAGUUUAAAGUUAUGUGUGAAGACUAAGAAUAAGGAAGAAUAGUGAGUGUUGACAAUAAUCAGGAUAGGCUGCCAACCGGUCGUGCGUCUCAGCCAGUGAUGUUACUAAUUAGACUGUCCAAUGUUCAGGUGAGAGGACUUUGGGGACGUGUCAAUUUUCCAUAGUUUGUACAAAAUGUAUGAUACUAUAUUGUAAAUCGAAAGAUCUAAUUUAUAGCAAUCUAUUUGUACUAUUCAAUAGAGAAGACUGAGAAUUUUAUUUUUUAAUAAUUUCCUAAAACAAAAGCUAUAGACAUGUUAUGAAUGUUUAGUUUAGUAGAGUUUUCUAAAGUGUGAUUUGGUAUGAUUUCAAAGUUAAUUUGUAUGUUGAGUUUAUGUAUACGAACUGUAAAUAUUAUGUUCCCUGUAUAGUUUAUACAGUUCAUGUUGUUUCAGCAAUACAUUUCAUAUUUAUCUAGAGUAAAAUAAUACUUAAAAUUUUAGUGUAACACUGAAAAAGUAAGCGUUAUUUGAAUAUAUAAAAAGUAUUGCUUGAAUUGCAUAAUAAAGAUGCUUAUUAAAUUAUCAUCACAAUUUAUAAGGUAAAUUAACAAAUGGUCACAUUUUAUAUAAAUAAAUGUGGCAUAGCCAAUACACAUAAAGGCAUAACAAGAUUGUGUAAGAUAUUGAUGGGUGGAGAAUUAUAUUAGGUGAAUUUCAUAGCUAUUUAGGACUGUGCCUCGAAAUUUUCUGUGAGAAAAUGGCAAUAUGUAAUCAGCCAGGAACAAAAAUACAAGGCCUUGAUGAAUGCACAAAUCUUUAAUCAUUUAUAUUUUAAGUAGCUUAAAGACGAAAGGGCUCGAUAUCGUCACACCAAAUCCAGCUACAAACUUCAUUUGUAAAAUACCUGCAAAGCAUGGUGAUUAUUCCUGAAAAUGAUUCCUUAUAUUAAUCAUUGGGGACAACUCAUGUUUAGCAAAUGUUAACAGUCUGAUUAUCUAGUAAUAAUUAAGUAUUUAUAUGCCCUUAAUGUAUGCAAUAAUAUUAUGUAACUUAGGCAGUGUAGGGUACAGUUUCAGUUCGGCAGGGUUUGGUAAUGCGGUUUAGAUCCCUUUCGUCAACCAUUUAUUGGCCACAUACUCAACUCGUAAAUAUAGGGUUGUGUGUGGUUAACAAAUGAGUUCCUGGCUUCACCAGUGAAUAUUGGCGUAGCUUAAUACCACUUAAGUAAAAACUAAGCUUCCAUUCGGAAAUGCGAGUAUUGUUAUCUAUAAUUAUGCUAUGCGAAAAAUAUAAAGUUCAUUUCGUCUUUAGGAAAUAUUUUUCCAUUAAUUUAUUUGUAUGAACGCUGCUGAAUGAUACAAGACGAAUGGUCUUUGUAAAAAAAAUAUACUAUAAUACCAAGUGACUAGCUGGUAUUUCAUUUCGCUGGUCUUUGCAAUAUUUCGAUGAUGAGGUGACGUAAUACCGGUAUUUAAAUUAUACUAACAAUAUUUGGACCCUCUUUGAAAUAAGCCUUAUGAACGGAGUUACGUAAAUAGUAAUAAAACUACUUUUCAAUUUUGCAACAUUUACGUAAUAACUGUGACGCUCAAAAAUGUCCUAAAUAUAAAAAAAUAAAAAAAUGAUUUUGCAAUGCAGAGAAGCUAAUGAAAUGAUUCCGCAAGUUAUGUUGCUUCUGCAAUGUUUUUAACUUCCAUAUUAAAAUUUUAUAUUGCAAUUUAAAUAUUUCGGUUUCCAUGGGACUUGAUAUCGUAAGAACAAAACUUGUGACUGUUCAUGCAUUUACACUGAAAUCGGCGCUUCGCUAUACGCUUAUCAUUAAAACAUGUUUUCCAAUCUACGUAAAUAUAAAAAAGCCUGCGCUUAUUUUUUAAUAAGCGAGGUGUUUCACAUUUUUGCAUUUCAUUUAGUAUUAUACCGUAAUACAUGACAAUAUCAGGAGCGCUCGAUUUCAAAACCAACUAAGUAAAAACGUUUGAUGUUAUUUUUGUAUCAAGUUUCGUGUAAACAGUAAAGAGAUAAUACUUAGGCCUUGGUAGUUGUGAAGGGAAGCUAGUGUAGUAACCUUUUUUAAAUAGUAUAAUAUAAACGCAGAGCUGUGUAAAUUUUAUGCUAAAUUAUUUAUGAAUAGCUGUAAGUAAUACGUGGUCCACUUGAUAUAUCAAUUGUACGCGGACCACGGUAGCUCGUCGCUGUACAAGGGUAUGUGGUGAUCCUGUAAUAAACAAAAUAAAAGAUACUUUAUAAUA